GCUAGCAACGCUACCGUUCUUUAAAAGUCGUGGGCGUUACAGCGCCUCCCCCCUCUCUCUUUUCUUUCCCAGCUUCCCCUUGAGGAGAUCGCGGUGCUCUCUCGAGAUCCGGUCAGCCCCAAGAGCUCUAAUUCCAUUGACCGUCUCCGUUGGCGAUCGUCGUAGGGAAUAGCAAGAGGAAACUUUCUGCGUCGCUCUUAUCCAAGAAAGUUGAUCGUUGCAUAAGACAGAAAAGAAUUGGGAGAAAAAAACUAAAGAAGGGAAAGGAAAGUCUUCAAUUUUGCUUAAAGUAGUGGAUCCAUGAAUUCAAGAAGGGAUUAUCGUGGUACCAGAGCUGCUCUUUUUGAUGGCAUUGAAGAGGGUGGAAUUCGAGCUUCAUCCUACAGCUCUCAUGAAAUUGAUGAACAUGAAAAUGAUCAAGCUAUUGAAGGGCUACAAGACAGAGUCAAUAUUCUAAAGAGAUUGACAGGUGAUAUACAUGAAGAGGUUGAGAGUCAUAAUCGUGUGCUUGACCGAAUGGGCAAUGAUAUGGACACAUCUAGGGGAAUCCUCUCUGGAACGGUUGAUCGAUUCAAGAUGGUUUUUGAGACCAAAUCAAGUCGCAGAAUGGCUACUCUUGUGGCGUCUUUUCUGGCUCUGUUCUUGCUCAUAUAUUACUUGACCAAGUAGCAACCAUAGCUUUUCUUGUUAAGCUACCACAAGUAGCUUUGUUAAGAAAUUGAAAGUACACCCUUAAUUCUGCCUAUGUUGGGAUUCUCAUCACGAUAUCAGUGUGUAUAGUAUUUCCCUGACAAAUCAACAAAUGUCAACAUAUAAGAUCUAUGUUGCUGCUAUCUUGUUUGCUUGAGAACCUAUACUUGUGAA